UUCUGAAUUCACCAUGCAGAAGUUCUCGUUUGAAUUUUGAAUUAGUAAAAUUAAAUAUACGGCUCUGGUAAGACGUACGUAGAUUGUACAACUUGCUGAUCCUCUAAAGUACGUACCGCGCGAAUUUAAAUUUUUUAUUUAGCACUGAAUUCACUUGUAUAGAAGAAUGAGUGACGUAGUGACUGUUAUCGCACCAAUAAAUAUAGCAGUAAUUAAAUAUUGGGGAAAACGUGAUGAGAAAUUAAAGUUACCGUUAAACGAUUCAAUAAGUGGAACAUUAGAUGCGAAUGUUAUGUGCUCGAAAACUUCGGUUUGUGCUCGGCCAGAAUUUAAAGAAGAUAGAAUUUGGUUGAAUGGUGCUGAGCAGUCAAAAACUAUACUACAAAACUGUUUACAAAAAAUUAAAGACAUUGCGUGCGAUCAACAAAGUGUUGAAAAGGAGUUUUUGAGUUGGAAUGUGCACAUAUGCUCCGAAAACAAUUUUCCAACGGCAGCGGGCUUGGCAUCUUCGGCAUCAGGAUAUGCUUGCUUAGUAACAGCACUGGCGAAACUGUACAAAAUCAAGGCUGAUCUCAGUGCCCUAGCGAGGAUAGGUUCUGGUAGUGCUUGUCGCAGUAUUUAUGGUGGUUUUGUUCACUGGCAUGCUGGGAUAAAACCAGAUGGCAGUGAUUCUUUUGCUACUCAGGUUGUUAACACAGAUCACUGGCCAGAAAUGAGAGUACUAGUACUUGUUGUUGGUGAUUCAAAAAAACAUACUAGCUCGUCAAUUGGCAUGAAAAUAACUGCUCAAACAUCAGCAUUAAUGAAGUAUCGUACUGAAAUUAAUGUUCCAUUGAGGGUAACAAGUAUGUGUGAUGCAAUAAAGCAAAAAGAUUUUGCCUCAUUUGCAGAAAUAACAAUGAAAGAUAGUAAUGAGUUUCAUGCUGUGUGCCUGUCUGCAUACCCACCCUGUGUCUACCUCAAUGAUAUUUCACAUAAAAUUAUAAAUUUAAUACACAAAUAUAAUGAUCUGUUUGACUCUCCCAAGGUCGCUUAUACUUUUGAUGCAGGACCAAAUGCAUGUUUGUAUCUUCUUGAACAAGAUGUUCCUAAUGUUGUAUCUAUGAUAAAACAUGUCUUUCCUUCAACAAAUCCUGAUUUCAUCAAAGGUUUGCCAUGUAACGAAGCAAAAAAUGUGGAGUUUCUCAACAAUAUUAAUUUUAAACAAGAGAAUAUUGACCUAUUAAAAUAUAUGAUAUACACAAAGAUUGGUGAUGGUCCUAAAGUAAUUGAUAAUGGAAAACAUCUUCUCAAUGUGAAUGGAUAUCCACUUGAAAAAUAAUUUAAGCUUGAAUAAUAUUUAAAUUUAGAAUAGUAGGAAAAACUGUAUUAUUUAAUUAUCAUGGCUGUAUGGUUUAACAAUAGGGUUAUUAUUUAUAAUUAUAUUAUUGUUUGUGUUGGAUCUUUUAUAUUUAUCAUAUAUUAAAUAUAAAUAUUUUUUUAAACUAA